AUGGGGAUCCACGUCAUCGCCCACGGGUUGGACUCCCCCAGCAAGAUCGACGACUACCCGGAAGACGCCGACGCCCUCCUGCUGACGUACCGGAUCAUCAAUAUUUCGACCCUGGCCUUCGACGCAGUGGUGGCGUGCUACGUGGCGGUGCAGCUGAGAGAGAGACUGCUGUCGGCGGCGAUGGCGGACGACAUGAAGAAGAAGUCGGUGGUGCAGAUGACGCUGCUGAUGGCUCUACUCACGGCGUCAGUGACGCUUCAGAUCAUCAUGGACGUGCCGGUGUUCGUCUCUGGACUCAGGGAGUCGUGGUCCUCGCUGAGCUUUGAGGGCUUCUGUGUCGUCAAGUACUUCGUCCCGGGCCUGCUGUUGAGUCUGGCGUUCCUGUACAUCAUGCGCCGUGUCGAGCAGCGCGAGCCCACGCGGAUGAUCGUGGUGCCGUCUCGGUCGCUAGUGGAGUUUGUGGAGUGCUCGUCGCCCGACUGUGUGUGGUGCGCGCACCACCGGCGCUAUCAUUUGAACCAGAACAAGUGGGAUGUGACGCUCAUGACGUCGUUCUCUCCGCGGACGGUGGACUCGAGCUUCCACUCGUCCACUCAAGCGAACCUUUCGCAGGGCUCCUGGUCGUCUGGUAGCACGCCCGAGCCGCACCACUACGUGGGCAGAGAUAGCCACCACCGACUUCACCCAGGACACCAGGCGCACCAGGCUCACCAAGCUCACCAUGGGCGUGGACACGUUUCCUUCCCCGUCCAGACCCACGGAGACUAUGAAGCUCCGAGAGAAACUCCAGAACGUCGAGGUGCGCGCUACAGCUGA